AUGAAAUUUGUAUGCGGUUGGCUUCGCUUGAUUAUAAUGUGUAUUACAUGUUUAUCAGUCACAGAAAAAGUAUUUUAUAUUUCAAUGUUUGAUGCAUAUCCAAAAGAUAAUAUUGAUGAUUCAAGCGAAAUUCAAUUAGUUAUUUAUGAAGCCAUUAGCUAUGGAUUAAAUGUUACUAUUGCCUUUGGAUUUGGUACAUCGAAUUUAUCAUCAAAAAUUGUUAUAUCUAAUGCAACUAAUUUAAUAAUAACAGAAUAA